CGCUGAUGGGGAAAAUAAACUAAAAAAUUAAAUAUUCAUUAUUUAAUGUGGAUUGAUGUUAUAAUUAAAAACAAUAGCAUAUGUAAAUUUAUUUCAGUUACUACCGGGCGGAAUUGAGCGACUGAGCUGGGAUAUCCCGUUCAGUAUUGAGUUAUGUUAGACACUUUUAAACUGUAAUGUUGCAACAAGGUGUUUCCGCCUCUGCUUUUCAAAAGUAGUCAUGUUGAAAAUGGCGUUCUGAGCCGAGGGGAAGGCAAGGAUUGAUGUAGGUUGUGUACCAUACGCAAUUAAAAAUUACUCACUCAAGAACUUUUGUAAUUUAUAGGCAUAUAACUGUUUAAUCAUGUCAUCAGGCCGACCUAUAAAGUGUGUUGUUGUUGGAGAUGGGACAGUCGGAAAGACAUGCAUGCUGAUUUCAUACACAACAGAUAGCUUUCCAGGAGAGUAUGUACCCACUGUGUUUGAUAAUUACUCGGCUCCUAUGGUCGUUGAUGGGAUUCCUGUAAGCUUGGGUCUGUGGGACACGGCAGGCCAGGAAGACUAUGACAGGUUGCGUCCCCUCUCAUAUCCUCAGACGGACGUGUUUUUGAUUUGCUUCAGUGUGACUAGUCCAUCAUCUUUUGAAAAUGUUACAUCGAAAUGGUACCCAGAAAUCAAACACCACUGUCCUGAUGCACCCAUGAUAUUAGUAGGAACGAAGAUAGAUCUGCGUGAUGACCGAGAGACACUGACAGCUCUUGCAGAGCAAGGCCUCUCGCCAAUAAAACGGGAACAGGGUCAGAAGUUAGCAAACAAAGUAAGAGCAGUGAAGUACAUGGAGUGCUCUGCCCUCACACAGAGAGGACUGAAGCAGGUUUUUGAUGAAGCUGUACGUGCAGUGCUUCGACCCGAGCCCCAGAAGAGACGCCAGAGGAAGUGCUCUGUGCUUUAGAACACUCAGAUCUCAUGCUUUGCGCACAGAUGAAGACGGAGUCUGGGGUGCUGCUGAGCCUUCGUUCAUCUUUUCCAGAGUAUCUGUAUUGCUAAGCAUCUAUAAGACAUUUCAUUGCGGAAUGCUCUUGAUCUGCCAACAGUGGUAGAUCCUGUUCUUUGGUGUACGCUACCUUUAUCACAAACAGAAUCAGGCAUAGGUUGUAGUUUUAGCAGGUUCUGUUCAUCAGUGCCAUACAGGACUCCUCGUUACAGUGGAACCUGCCAAGAAACCUGUUGGCUUAUAAGAAGUCAUCCCGCAUGACAUUAUGUUCUUCUUCCUGAUUGAAGGAGCUCUGCUCUCUCUGAUGUUGCUAGUAGCCAACUCAAAUAUUUUUACACAUGCUUUCACGUAGAAGUCCUCAUGGGGCGGCAGUUUGUUGUCAGUACUCUUACUCGGUGUGCUUGCUGCCUUCCUCCGGCAGCCUGAAAAGUCUGUUAUAUUAGAAUUAAAUGUUACCAGAAGCAAAAGCCAAAAGACCAUAAUUUUUUUUUUUUUUUACUUUUCUUAUAAAUAUUUAUAUCAGUUCCAUGUACUGGAACAUAAAGAGCAUGUUAAACUUUCCAGACUGCAGAGUAACUUUAACAUUUGGCCAAGGUAAGAAUAUUAGCAUGUAUAUGGCCAUCAACCUGCAGAGGAUUACUGAUGUAAAAACAUGUAGGUGCUUGAUGGUUCACUGAUAAUGUAGGGACUUGGGGAGUUCUCUGACUUAAAGGGGUUGCCAGUUUUGCAGGUUUUGCUCUCUCUUGCAGUGGACAUGUUUUGGAAGGUGCAAGGAUAUGCAGACAGUUACUGUGUCUGUCACUGUCAGUUCUGGAGCUCAGGAUUUGUAAGACACAGUAUGGUGAUGGGUUGUUGCUUCCAUGGCAUGUAUAAUGUUGCCAGCAGUUGUGUACGGAAGCACUAGAUGCAGGCCAUCAGCCUGUGGAAAUUAUUGCUCUCUUCAUGGCUGCCUAAACACAAGUUGCACUUGACUGGCAACUUGUCCCUGUGAGGCAGAACAUGACAGAAAAUAAAUUUGGGCAGAUCUGUGUCUUAAAAAAUUUGUUUGCUAAGGAAUAGAAUUGAUCUGAGUGGUUUGUGCUGGACUUUAGGUUUUUCACAGUGGUGACUAUGAAGAAUAUGUAUGGUUUUCUGGGUCCUGCUGCUGUGUAGUUUGGGGGUUCAGCCUGAUAUUUUGAAGGAGCACAUCACAUACAUAUUCAGGGUCAAAGAGAUGAGCCAAGCCGGAAGCAAGCAGACCACUGUCUCUCAGAAUGGUGGGUUUUUGGGGCUGUAAAUAAUUUUGUGUCAAUGUACCAUUACAAAGAAAAAUGACUACAUUUUUUUGUGAGAAAACAUUAAGUUCCUGUGAUGGUUGCGUGCCAUCACUGGCCACUGUAUGAGUACUGCCGUUGUAUUUUGCAUCAGUUUCACCUCUGUGGAAGUUGAGGCAUGGAAAUGUAUUUGGACAUAUUCUUCAUGUGAGUUCAGAUUACAGUUGUGGUCACAGGAGAAGAGGAAUUGCAUUUGGUGUAGAAUAUUUAGUUUGUAAAUGAUGCAUAAAAAACUGUAAAUUGAUAAGUAAAUUCUACCAUUACGGUUAUGUUUCUUAUAGGAGAAUCUCAUGCCAGUGAAGUAAGUGUUAUUGAAGGAAAAUUUUACUUGUUUUAUUUCAUCUAAUCUAAUGGUGCAAUAUAUUAGUGCUAUGAGUUGAUCAACAAUUUAUUGCUGUUAAGAUUUGGAACUGUUCAUGACAAUGCAGUCUUGCAGAACAAAAAAAAGGUAGGCUCAUUUUUUAAUUGAUUCAAUUAUGAUAAUGAUGUAAUAAUGUUUUUUACUUAUUUAUAUACAUAAAAUAAUUUUGUGUGUGUGUAUUUGCUUCUAAAAGAAUUUAAAAAACUGUAAUGCCUGCAGUCUCCUGUUGGUGUGUGCGAGCAAGAGGCUUUCCAGUGACAGCAGUUGUGUAUCACAGUUUAUUUUAGAGAUGGUUCUCUCUUUUAGAACAAGAAAUGCCUUUGUGGCCAUUGUACACAUGAGUGAUUUGUGACCAAA